GCGGCGGGCACACUUCCCAGUCAAUCUCCGCCAGCAACAUCACUCAAAUUUGAAUCUUGUCCAAAUCAACAGAAAUAAAUCAAAAUGUAUGUGAUUUCCACCUCAAAAAAGACCGUGCUUUCCGACUUUGCGGAUCUGGAGACAAAGUCUGAGUAUUUGCACAAAAGUGAAGAGCCGACGGACUUCCAGUUCAAUGGCCAGCGGCGGGUCUUUGUCGAGGUGGAUAAAAUGGCGGGCUUGGUGGUGAUGCGGAUAAAGGAGAAGGAGGCAAAGGCUCCCGAGAUCCAGCGUGUCCGCAAACUGACCAUCGAUAAUGCCUACUGUGUGGCAUGUGCCAAGCAAUCGCUGGAGGAGAUCGCCGUGGGACAGAGUGGAUGUGUCAAGCUCUACAACUUCCGGACGGCGCAACUGAUCCACCGGUUUCCGGCUGAUCCGCAGAGGAGCACUGUCCUCUACAUGGACUACAACAAUACGGAUGAGUAUAUAGCCGCCGUGCGCGAAGGCGGAGACAUUAGUAUCCUGGGCACCAAGACCAAGCAGAAGACCAACACCUUCACCAUCGAUGGCGACUCCACUCUGGUACGCUUUCAUCCGAGCAAGCGAUUCCACCUCUCGAUCGCCUCCUACAAAGGUGCAGUGACUGUGUACGAUGUGCAAGGCAUGCGAAAGAUCUUCCACGCCAGCGAGGCGCACAGUGCUCCCUGUAGGGACAUCAGCAUGUGUGCAUCUCAGCCCGCGCUGCUGGUCAGCGUGGGCUACGAUUGCAAGAUAAACAUCUUCGAUAUCCGACGGAAUAGGGCUCAGGCCUCCACGGAUCGGUUGACCUACUCCCAUCCGUUGUCCACGGUGGCGUUGAGUGAAUGCGGCACUUACCUUUGUGCCGGAAACCUUAAGGGUGAACUGAUCGCAUACGAUAUGCGAAGCACGAAGGCACCUUUGGCUAUAAGGAGUGUUCACGAUGCGGCUGUGACCAGGGUGGCUUUUGUGCCCACGCCAAGCGGAGAUAACCCGCAGAACGGCAGCCUUAAUAGUUCGGAAAAUUCAACUGGAUUGGGAAUCGAAGUUCCUCGAGCUGAGCGUCCUCCUAGCGAUGAGCUGCGAAAAUCCAUUGCGGCUAACUUGCAACAGCUGAGUCUUGGUGUUUCAAGUUUGGGUUUAGGUAGUGCGACGCCUGCUACUGUUCGCCGGGAUUCCUUCUGUGACUUUUUGGAUGCCCAAGGACCGAGGGCGGUAGAUCGCAUGUCCACACGUUUAGGCAGCUCCUAUAGGGACAGCUUCGACUGGGAGACCCUCAACAGAAAGCCCAUUUCAAAUGAGGCUGUCCAGCGCCAGAGCCUUUGCCCUCUAGGGGGAUCUGGACCUAGCUUGGUGAACAACUCCUGCAACAGCUCUUGUGGGGAGUCACUGCAACAAACCUUGAGCGGCCCCCUUAAAGAUCGGAGCAACGUCUCCGGCGAGGGAAAGUUAAUGAAGAUCGCAGAGAAAGAUGAGCACAGCGAAGAACAAUCGGCCAACAUUUCCGUGGCCAGCAGCACAGGCAGUGACAAGGAGAAUCCCCCGCCGGUGGACGCCGAGCAAAAGCGCCGGCUGCGUUUGCUUUCGGCCAGUCGGAAUAGUACCCCGCAUCAUGCCAACGUCACAUCCCAGUUGCAGCUGAAGCCGCAGCAGUUGCUGGACAAGUCAUCCGGACUAUCCGGCCAAACGGAUGCUGAUUGGCGGAAAGAGUUCAGCGAUCUGAAGGAAUUUGUCGACCAGCGCUGUGGAGAGGUGGAGCGGGAACUGGAGUAUAUUGGCCAGUACAACCGGAAGCAGAUAUCAUCUCAGAUAAACAAAUACACGAUACAGUUUUUGGAGCACACAGUGGAGAUCCGAGAUGCUCUCGCCUUACUUCUUCAAGGAGAUAGCUUUAUGCGCGAGUUUUCGCGUCUGCAACAUGAGAACGAAACACUGAGGGCCCAAGUUAGAUUUUAUCAGGAGCAGGAGCAAACCGAAUCCUGCGGAGAAUGAAAUGCGUUCUUUUGGGACAUAUUCACAAUUUCAAAAACAUUUUUAAUAUGUCCAUAAUUUAUUAAAAUAUUGUUAGUUAGUUUUAUAAUACAUUUGUGAGUUCCGAAAAUCGUUCUUUAAAAAACGCAAUGCGUUUAUUUAAUUAAUUUAGAAGCUGAAGUUGAUGUGUUAAUCUGGUGCAGAAGAAGAAUUACUUUUAUAGAUGAGAGGUUCAUCAAAUAUAUAAAAUCAUCGCAAAAUAUAGAUCUGCACCUAGGCUUACAUUAAAAUACUAAAACAUAAUCUUGCAGUUAGCUCUGAAAAUAUGAAAACUAUGUCCUUGUAAUUCUUUAAUUCGGUCUUUAAUAUACUGUUAAAUUCGAUGUUUAAGGAAUUCAAUUAAAAUAUUGCCAAAUAGGUUA